AUGCCAACCCACAGUGACAUCAGUCCCCAUCUGCCCUCGACUGCUCCAAACGCGACCCCGUCCACACGACCGACCUGUCCGCCCGAGCCAGACAGGAUAACCUCCUGGAUCGAGUCUGCUGAGGGCCGAAUCGCAGCUCCCGCCGAUAAUGACAGCUCUGCGGCCCAAUCUUCGCUAGGGAGGGAGAAUGCCGCCGAGGAAGAAGCUCCGCAGCCGGCUCGUGUGCCCGACUCGAUCUCCGUCUCGGCUGUCGAUAAUGGCAGCUCUGCUGCUCAGGCUGCGUUAGAGAGGGAGAACGUUGUCUCUACGUCGGUUGGGGAUGCUGGGAAUGCCGGUGAAGCUCAGAUUAUGGCGGCUGCAUCGACCACUGCCGAGGAAGCUCAGUCUCCGGCGUCUGAGUCGACCACUACCGACGAGUACGAUGAGACCGACGAGCCAAUGAGUCCGUCUACGAGCGUUUCGGCUGCCACUGAGAUCAAGGACGAGCAGCGGGAUCCUCCUACUCCCGUCACUCACCUCGAUACGCCGGUCUCCCAUAGGAGGUCCAUGAGCUAUGAGUUCUCCGAGGCCAGAUUGAUACCAGAUCAUUCCUCGUCAUAUUUCAGAAGUGGCAGCAAAUUCACCGGCACCCAGCAGUCUGACCAGCAGAUUUACACGGUCGACGUGGAGAUAAAGAACGUCGACAUGUCCGAGUCUUACCUUUGCGGAUACCUUAAAAUAAAAGGCCUGACCCCAGACCACCCUACCCUGACAACGUUCUUUGAAGGCGAGAUAAUCGGCACCAAACACACCUUUCAGACCCGCCACGAAGACUGGGGCGCUACAGAAAAGACCGACAUGCACCACUGGUCUCGAUUCCCAGCCUGGCGGCCCCUAGCCAAACUCGCCAAAAAACCAGACUUUACCUACAAGGACUACGCACAGCGAGAGAACAUUUUCAUGCGCUGGAAGGAAGCUUUCCUCGUCCCAGACCACCGCGUGAAGACUAUUUCCGGAGCUAGCUUCGAGGGAUUCUACUACAUCUGCUUCAACCAGGUGCAAGGAACCAUCAGUGGCAUUUACUUCCAUGCAAAGAGCGAAAAGUAG